UCUGGAUGCCCAGAGGUUUACGUGCUUUGCUCUCUUGCCCACCUUGCUUUUCCCCUGCCCCCCCCAGAGCAUUUGGAGAACCUGUCUGGGCCCAGCGCCGCCCCCCGCCUUCGCUUCGUCUUCAACCUCAGCAGCGUGCCUGACAACGAAGUGGUGUCUUCGGCGGAGCUGAGGCUGUACCGGGAGCAGGUCCGGGAGCAGAGCCCCGCCUGGGAGAGGGGCUUCCACCGCAUCAACGUUUAUGAAGUCAUGAAGCCCCUCUCCGAGGAGCGGGGGCAAAUGAUCACGAGACUACUGGACACGCGGCUGGUGCAUCACAACGAGACGCGGUGGGAGAGCUUCGACGUGAGCCCCGCCGUCAUCCGGUGGACCAAGGACAAGCAGCCCAACCACGGCCUGGCGGUGGAGGUGGUCCACCUCGGCCAGACGCCCGCGCAUCAGGGCAAACACGUCAGGAUUAGCCGAUCUUUACCUCAAGGGGACGGGGACUGGGCUCAGCUGCGGCCCCUGCUGGUGACUUUCAGCCACGAUGGCAAGGGCCAUGCACUGGUGCGGAGAGCCAAGCGCAGCCCCAAGCACCAGCGGCCCCGCAAGAACAAAAAGAACUGCCGGCGCCACGCGCUCUAUGUGGAUUUCAGUGACGUGGGCUGGAACGACUGGAUCGUGGCCCCGCCUGGGUACCAGGCCUUUUACUGCCACGGGGACUGCCCCUUCCCUCUGGCCGACCACCUGAACUCCACCAACCACGCCAUCGUGCAGACCCUGGUCAACUCCGUCAACGCCAGCAUCCCCAAGGCGUGCUGCGUGCCCACCGAGCUCAGCGCCAUCUCCAUGCUCUACCUAGAUGAGUAUGACAAAGUGGUCCUGAAAAACUACCAGGAGAUGGUGGUGGAGGGGUGCGGGUGCCGCUGACC